GCCUAGCCACUAAAACAUCACGUCAAAUUUAAGUUGACUUCAAUGUGGACGAUUUUGUCAAUACUCAGCGUAUUAUGCGUCGCGCAAUGUUAUCAAGAUGCCAAUGGCAAGUGGAUGGAAUGCCCCCAAGGCUAUUCAGCUAUCAAUGGCAUGUGCCAUAGUACGAGUAGGUGUCAGGAAGGCUACCAUCUACAUACGGAUGGCAUGUGUCAUUUGAUUAAUCCCGCACCUUGCCCUUAUGAUACCAAACCAAUCAUCACCACUCCAAGCCCAUAUUAUCAGAUGCCCACAACCUCAACUAGUACCAGCACCACUACCACAACCCCGGCACCAGAGGAAGAACCGAUCAUCAGCUACGAUCCACCGCCAGUUGGAGAGCCCGAUGAACAAGCUCGAUGUCCACCUGGCUCAAUUUACUUCAGGGACGAAUGCCGCAAGAUACUCUGCACCCGGGGCGAGUACUAUGAUGGUCGCUGCCUGUCACCCGCCUGUCCAAUGGGCACCGUGUGGUGGCGCAAGCAAUGCCAAGAGCCUGGUUACAUAACAACAGUAUUGGAGAUCGAUAAUGUAAUAAACAACAAGCACGAGUCUCGCACAGCAACCGAAAAUGUGAACAAAGUGGAGUAUAAGACCAUUAAGCCCUACGAUCCCAGUACGGAUCAGAGUUAUGCAUACGUAGAGUCAAAGGUCAAUACUGUUGUCGAAACCACGACACCAGUCAGUUUGACUCAGCAGCUAUCUGCAAGCUGCUGUACAGUCAAUAGUCCACGUAUCUGCCGAAAAUAUGGAAUCAAAUGGGUCUGCUUCAAUCAAAAGCGAAAGCUCUGCGACCCGAAGGUUUGUACUAGUCCAGUAAUUUAUCUCAAGCCCCCGGAAAUAGUAGAGUUAGGCAAUCCACGAAUGUUGGUGAUGCCACCAAAUCCCCCCAUUUCGAGUUGCAUGACUCCCGAUUGUCCUGAGAGCGGAGUACUGAAUUGUUCUGGUUGUGCCCAAGGUUUGCGAGAGUCCUGCUCGACAGGCUGCUACUAUUACUUCUGCCCUAGUAAUAGUUGCGAGUUCAAGGCAUCCGAGGAUUUUUGUGACAUAUAUCCGGGCGAAUUUGGCUGUAAUAAAAACUAUGGCUGCAUCUGGAAAUGGUGUAAAUGAGAUAAAUCAACAAAUAUUUACCCAUUUUUAACU